UUUAGCCACUACAAUGAAUAGUAAUCUGUAACUGACAGAAUUUUAUAAAAGUAUUAAACUGAAUAAAUAUUUCAAAAAUUGUGAUGAAACGUGUUUUUGUCCUAACAUUUUAUGUUGUCAAUUUAGGUUUGCAAGUGAAUACCAACUCGGCGGUAUCCAGAUUCCGCAUAUUGGCUCCUGAAUUCGUUUGUCCGAAAGAUAAUAAUGCUGUUAUUGAAAAACCCGACAAUACUGUUAUUACAUUACAAAGCAACGUUGGAUCGGAAUUGCAAGUUCGGUGGACCGUGCGAUGGAAACCGCUCAACGCGCCCACGCAGCGCUUUACGCUGCAGCUUUGGAAAACGGUGCGAGCGCUUGAAGCGAAGCUGAACGGACCACAGCCAGAGCCUUCCGUGUUUGACAUCGAAAAUAGUGAACUGCUAAGCGGUGUAGACUACACCUUCGACGUAUCAGAAGUAGGACAGGAUGAGGCUGAAACCAAGACAUUCCAUAUUGACAACACGCGGGGCGACCAGAAGCUUCAUAUUGACGGCAGGAAUGACAUGGUAUCAGUGAUCCUGGUGGGCGGACAGCAGACUUAUGUGGAUGUGGAAUUCGAGCUGGAGGCUCAAGUUACUGUGUGCUUCCCCACUCAAAACUACUAUUUAAUUUGGAAUGUAGCAAGUGACUCCGGUGACGUAGUAAAUGUGUCCCGAACUGCCGGUACGCGGCUUCGAAUCCCGCGGGACACCCUGCAAUAUGGCAGCACAUAUCAUGCGCACUGCCAGCUUGUCAGCCAGAGCGACGGACACUUUAUUACCCAGACAGGUGUAGCUUUCAAAGUUCCGCCGCGGGGAGUGGAAGUGUAUCUCAAUUUUGAUUACUUGGUCAUCAGCGCGGACCAACCUUUGACUGUGGAAGCCACUGUGGUCAACCAUGACAACUACGAUCAAAUAUCGUUACAAUGGACGUGUUCUCAUGAAAAUGAAAGUUGCGAACAUUUGGGCUUUAUUAAUGGAAGCUCAAUUCUGUUCCCGUCAGGACUGUUAGACCCAGGCGAUUACUAUAUAACCCUGGCAGUCGGCGUGAUGAAUGAGAUCACAACAACAAACGCCACAAUAAUUGCUGUAGAUACCGAGUUACCAGUAAUACAGGUUGUUCCACUUCAUAGGACUCUAAAUGAAGGCAACAUCAUUGCCCUCACCGCUACCGCCUCCAAUAUAUCUCCUACUUGCAGCCUCACUUGGUACUUCGCUUCUCAAGAAUACCUCUCGUACAACGAACUUCUAGUUAAUGAUACUUGUGAAGAAUGUCAGCACGGGGAAGCAAUAACCGACGCCUUGACAAUCCAGUCACUAGAGGAAAACUUCCUCAACGAGCUAAUAGAUUACUCUAACGAAACCGAGUGGAGGCAGAUCACCGCCGAAUUCGAAGCGAAGGCGGGUCGCGCACGCUUCGUCGUUCAGUGUGGCUGCUCCCUUACAUUCAACUGUGAUAGAAAAGGCGUAGUGUACGCUGAUAUCCAUUUUGAGAUCAAUGAGAGCCCUAAAGCUAGUGAACUGAUGAUAUCACCAGAGAGUGGAACAGCAAUGGAAACGAUAUUCCGGAUCAGCACUCUUCCGGCCGUUGACCCCGACGGCAUACUCCGGUACAGCUUCUACUGCAGGGUCGGAGAAGAUUCCUUGCUCUUGGGCUCCUAUGUCGAUUACAGAGCCGUUGAAACACUCCUUCCUUAUAUUGAUGGUGGCAUAGAUGUGUGGGUAGAAGUGUGCGACGUCCUUGGCGCCUGUUCCUCUAGUGACGUCAAGAUUGUGAGUCUGGCUGCAGGCGAAGGUCGCACUGUGGCGACCCUGGUCGAGGAUGCUGCAGCUCACGUCAGGAGGUGCGAGCUGAUGCUUCUGAGCAGGGUUGUGGUGUCUGCUAUCGUUACUUACACUAAUGCCGACCAGUCUGAACCAUUAGCAAUGUUCAAUGCAGCACUCAUGCAAUCCCUGCAAGAUAUUGACAAAGACAAAUGCCUCCAAGAUAAUUACGAUCAUUUUGUGAACCUAGUGAAUUGGCUUCAAAUACAUGGAGUAGAUACUGGAAACAUCACUUAUUGAAAGAUAUUAAA